AAAAGGUUUUGUGGUGGCUUUUGAGGGACGAAAUGGAGCUUGUUAUGCUGUGUGCUUCGCUUUCCUCCAUUCCCGAGCUCCGACCCAUUAUUGACACACUCGCUUUCUGCAACUAAACUGGUGCUAUUUCGUCCCUCGUUUGCCCUUUCCUUCGUUUCUUUUAUUUAGCGAUUCCCUCGCCAUGAGCGUCCGGUUCCUCGUCAACUUUGGCCUCUUGGCUAUCCCCAUCGGCGCCACGUUGGGCAUUCUGCUUGGCCUCCAGUCACACCGGGCUGCCACUGGCCAAGCACCCUUAUUUGUCGACAACAGUGUCACCAAAACUCAGUACUGCCAGAAAGCAUACGGUAUCCAUCCACAGUCACUAGGGGAGGAGUACACACUGAAUCCCAACCAGUGGGGAUGGACCGAGGGUCAACUAGGUAGAUUAUGUAUGAAUGUCACGACAUUCAACAACAAAACAUACGCCACCGACACCACGGCGCCCGAGUUCUCAGUAACAUGGCAAUACCCGCAAGGUCCUGAGACGGCGCCAGUCCACGCCUUCCCCAACAUCAAGGCCGACAGCCCCAUCCUCCCGGCCACGAUCCAGAGCCUCGGCGAAAUCAACGUCGACGUCAAGUGGACCUACGGCGCGGGCAACGACACGGCCACGUCCACGAAUGCCCAGCAGCUCCAGACCAACUUUAUCAACACCAAUGUCGCCAUCGACAUGUUCCUGGACGCCGAUAAGACAAAAGCCGCCGACACCACCAAGGCUGCGUACGAAGUCAUGGUGUGGCUUGCUGCCUUCGGCGACGCUACCCAGCCCAUCGGUCUCGCGGAGGGGGCUGUUGCGACGGAGGUCGUGAACGGGACAACCUUCACACUUUACUUCGGGCAGAACAGCCUAGACCAGUACGUCCUGACGUGGGUCGCGUCGGAGAUGACGGAGGCGUUCAGCGGCGAUCUGUCUUCUCUGCUCACGCGGCUGGCAUCGAUCAGCCACGCCGAUUUCCCGUCACAGUCCCACUACCUUGGAUACAUAGCUUUGGGAUCCGAGGCUCUGUGGGGAAAGACCUCGGCUACGUUUCAUGUCCCGCUUUUGUCGAUAGAUAUAAAGACAGCUACAGCUGGUAAUGCGUAAUAAUGGAUGUAAUGGCUAUGAUCACUGUAAAGGUUAUUAGAUUUGGAACCCUAUCUGACACGUUAUGAGAAGCCGAUCAACUGUAUAUUUAGCUUGCUAAUAGCUAAACACCCAAACCUCUCAAUUUUGUCCGAGAUAUAUGGCAGCUGAGUUCCAUGGACCCUACUUUUGAUGCCCUCACCAAACCCUGGUGAGUAUGGAGGCUGGAGGACAACGCUGAGAUGAGCAAACGACUAUGCACGGGCCACCCCCUUUUACCC